UUGCAUUUCAGAAUUGUCUUUUGUCUUGUCAAGAAUUGUAUUGUUACCGGUAAAUCUUUUCAUCAGUGAAAAACCUUAAAUCCUAUUAACUAAAACAGAAUUGCGAUAAUCAUAAGAAAGUAGUGUUGAAUUUUUACUAUUAAGUGUUAAAAUGGCGAAUGAUCCUGAAAGGUUUGAUUCGAUGCUUCUUGCAAUGGCACAGCAACAUGAAGGUGGUGUGAAAGACCUUUUAGCCACAAUUGUUGGAUUUUUAACAAGAAAAACAGACUUCUUUACUGGUGGAAAACAAGGAGAAUGGGAAAAGGUGGUAAAGGAUGUUUUCUAUGAACAAGCGAAAAAAGCACAAGAUGAAGCAGAUAAGGCAAAGAAAGAAAGAGAGGAUGCUGAAAAAAGGCUGAAAGAUAUUCAACAGAGGAAAGAACAAGAAAGACUGGCUCGAGAUUUUGAACCUGCUACAGUCACUGAAGUCACCGAUAAGGAGGCUGAAGAAAUCCAAGAAGAUAUAGAAAAAGAUAAAAAAAGCAAGACUGACUCUGGAGAUGGAGAAGGCUCCAGCAAUGAUGUGCAGCCUGACAAUGCAUCCGAAGAGGAAGAUGAUCCUAAAGAAAAAGGGAAACUCAAGCCCAAUGCUGGAAAUGGGUGUGACCUUGAGAAUUAUAGAUGGACACAGACAUUAGAGGAAGUUGAAUUGCGAGUGCCGCUGCGCCAAGUGUUGAGGCCGCGCGACCUCAACGUGACGAUCAGCAAGCGACACUUAACAGUGGCAGUGAAGGGCCAGCCGCCUAUCAUCGAUGGAGACCUAGACGCUGACGUCAAGAUUGAAGAGUCCACGUGGGUGCUUCAAGAUGGACGGAAUCUACUCGUCAACUUGGAAAAGGUUAACAAAAUGAACUGGUGGGGGCGUCUCGUGACAACGGACCCGGAGAUAUCUACACGGAAAAUAAACCCAGAACCAUCAAAGCUGUCGGAUCUGGAUGGGGAGACGCGCGGAUUGGUCGAGAAGAUGAUGUACGACCAGCGACAGAAGGAAAUGGGUCUGCCCACCAGCGACGAACAGAAAAAGCAAGAUGUACUUAAGAAAUUCAUGGAACAACAUCCUGAAAUGGACUUCUCUAAAUGUAAAUUCAACUAAAGGUUGACGCACAUCGGACAACGUUCUCAUUCCAAUGAUUGUCGUGAAGAACAGUGUUAAUUUACUCACUUGAUUUUAAAUGUGGUAUAUAUAGGAGUAUUGCAUUAUUGUAUGCUUCGAUCAGCACUAUUAUGUACCUGCCUUGAGGGCGAGUGUGCCUGUAAAAAAUAAAUGUUAAUUUAAAAAUA